UGUGAUUUGCCCAAUGCGAUUGGUUAUCGUGAGUCACGUGCCCAUCUGUCAAAAAUUUCCCGCGAAAUAAUGUUGUGUACAGUAUUGACUUCACAUAACACUGGUAACGUGUAGUAUGACAACGGAAACAUGGUUGCAGCGAUUGCCAGAAAAAGUUGCUGCAAGUUUGGAAAAGUCUGGCUUGAAUGAGCCUUCGGCGGUGCUGUUGUGUCCGGAAGUUCAGCUCCACAGACUCGCGAAUGUUCAGGCUACUGAUUGCCGCUACGUAUUGUCAGAAGCGGCCCGAAGUGUUGCUUCGGUUGUUUUUCGUUCAGUGGAAUCAGCGCUGAAUAACAACCACUACUAUUUAUCUGUGGGUUGCAAAAUACUGGACGAUUUCUUGCGUGGUGGUAUAAAAGUAUGUGGCAUCACAGAAGUUGCAGGAGAAAGCAGCUGUGGCAAGACACAGCUAUGUUUGCAAUUGGCAUUGACCGUGCAGUAUCCUCUCUCCAUUGGAGGCUUAAGGGCAGGUGCAGUUUUCAUUUGUACUGAAGAUGUGUUCCCUCAUCAGAGAUUACAGCAGCUCAUUACAACUUUUCCUAUGUCAUGGAACAGAGGCAAAUUGAUGCGUGAAAAAAUUAAUUUUGGUGAUAACAUAUUUAUCGAACAUAUAGCUGAUGUGGAGGUUUUAAAGCAAUGUGUUGCUACUCGUCUACCCCGUUUACUGUCAGAGCGUAAUGUGAAGCUUAUUGUAGUUGACUCAAUUGCUGGUGUUUUCCGCAAUUAUGAACAUGGAGAUGCCUUGAGCAGAGCGAAAGACCUUCGAAAUGUGGGUGGUAAACUUCAUGCACUUGCAGAACAAUACAAAGCAGCAGUUGUUUGUGUUAAUCAGGUAACAGCUGGAGUCGGCAACGAUGAACAAAACUCUGUUCCUGCACUUGGUCUGGCAUGGGCUAAUAUGGUGACCACACGCCUCCAGAUGUUUCGAAAUAGGCAAACAGGCAUCAGAAACAUACGUGUUAUUUUUUCACCUUUUCUGCAGCAAAGCUGCUCCAAAUUCACUGUCACUGCUUCUGGAAUUUCGGGUGUAAGUCCUUGAUGUUAAGAUGCAGAAUCUCUCUUAUUAUCAUUAUUUGUAGGAUGUAUUUUGUGAAUGAUUCAUGUACACACUAUCAUAGUAAAUAUGUUGAAGAUAUGAUGUCAAAACCACAUAUGAUAUCUUGAUUUUUUUGUUUAGUAACUGCCUUACACCUUUUGUAUAUUGUCCACUGUGAUUGUUUCGUGCUCUGGUAUAUACAACUCUCUCAUGAGAUAAUCUGGUAUCUCUUGUAAUGUAUACUUUUUUGACUUUCUGAAUAACAUUUUAACAAGUUCCACAUACAUUGCAAUAGUUAUCAGCUGAUCUUAGUAUCAUUCACUUAACCCUUUCCACCCUGAAAAUAUUUUUCAAUGUGCAAGUACUGCAAGUAACAUUAUUAUAGUGGCCUGAUGUCCUUGAUUACAGAAAAAAAUACUGAAAAAUUUUUUUUCAUGUAUAAUUAUGCAAAAAAAAGCACUAGUAUGAUCAUGCGGGUCAGGUUUUAAUUGAGUAGAAAGUUCGUAAGUUCUCAUGCUGUUACAUUAGGGAAAAUUUUGAAGUUUACUGUAUAAAUUACAACAUAACCUUGUUUUAUCUUCAUAUUUAAUUACAAUACUCGUCUAAAACAUUACAAUCACAGCAAAAAUGUAUCACCAAUUAUAAAAUUUAUCAAAAAUAUUACAAUCAUAGCAAAAAUGUUACAAUAAUUAAAAAUUACAUCAUAAAAUCAAAUAUUAUUUUUUUGUGAAAUGACUUUAAA